UCCAGAGGUUUGGUCGGAAAUCGUAUUCCUGGAAAUCAAAUAAUUUAAAGGAAGAGCCGGAAAAUAUUACAUUUCCACGCAGGGUUCCGCCCAGAAACUUGAGUGUCUUCAUUUUCUGCUGUUUCAGACAAAGACAAUCUGCUGGAUGUCCUCUGGUGUCCAUGUCCCCUCUGUGACAGCACCGUGCAGCACACAGCACAGCAGCAGCAGCGUGUGUGUCUGUGGAUCUGUUAAAGCUCCUGUUGGGUGUUUCUCUUUAAUUCUGCGGCAUCUCUCUGCCUGUAUGCGGGCCUGCUGCUCCGGAGGAGGGCGGGCCGUGAGCACAAUGAGCACAUUUCGGACAGUAAACUAACUGAUGCGACAUGUACGGAGCGCGGACUGGGGGAUGAUCUGUGCACGCAGCUCCUCUAACUUGGUUUGCAUUGAUUGGAUUUGGGAAUGGCACGCGGAGCUUCAAGUUGAACCCCACGGGCCCGUGCUGCUGUCUGAAAACUGACCUCGGGUAAACCCUCAGAGGCUCCGCGGACUUUGGAGAUAUUCUGCAGAGGUGUUGUGGUUUUUGCGCAGCACGGAAACUCUGGCGCAACACAAAGGGGGAUGAUCUCCCUAUCAGCUGGAUCCACCAAGUGAACAGCGGGUAUAAAUAAUAAAGGGGACACAUUGGAGCUCGUGCAGCGGUGCAAGAUGAUGUCACUGAUAGAUCUGGACGAUGAUCAGCGAUGGGUGCCCACUCAUGUGAAUGUCACCGUCCUCCGCGCGAGAGGACUGCGAACCAAGGGCAAGCACGGCAGCCGCUACCUCUACACCAUCAUCCAGGUGGGGAAGGAGAAGUACACCACCGGGCUGGUGGAGAAGGCGGAGGUGCCCGAGUGGAACGAGGAGUGCUGCUUCGAGCUGCUCCCCGGGAUCCUGGAGGACGGCGGCAGGAGCGCCUACCCCCCGGGGAGCGGGGACCUGGUCCUCACCGUCAUGCACCGGGUGCUGAUCGGACUCGACGUGUUUCUCGGUCAAACCAUCAUUCCUCUUGAUAGGAUAUUUCAGGAGGGAAUGUGUCCUCGAGACGAAUGGUUCAAGCUCAACUCUAAGGUGGGGAGGAAGGAGAAGGACCGUGGUGAACUUCAGGUAACAGUCCAAUUCACUCGCAACAACAUGACAGCCAGCAUGUUCGACCUCACCAUGAAGGACAAACCCCGCUCGGCUUUUGGCAAGCUCAAGGACCGAGUCACAGGAAGGAAGAGGGGGGACAUGGAGUCUUCCUCGGCCAUUGUGCCAGGCCGCUACGCCGCCCUGUCAGGAUCCCUGGGGCAGCCGUUCGGAGAUGAUAUGUGUGGAGGGCCGGUGGAGCCACGAGAUGUGGAGGUAGCGGAGGAGAAGAGAAGCAAGAUGAAAGACUUCUUCAAAGGGAGGCUGCGCAAAUCGUCUGACACCAGGUCAUGCUCGUCGCUGGCCUCAGAGAGUAGUGUGUCUUCCAUGGCCAGUGAUAACCCUGGCCCUCCACCCAGCCUGGAUCUGAUGUCAGACCCACCCAGCUCUCCCAUCUACACGAGCAAAGUGAGAGUGGACGCCCUUUAUGGAGAGACAGAUUUAGCUAAAAAAGUGCUCACAAGCCAGCACACCACAAAGGUUCUCACACACAAGCGAGCCUUCAGCGAUGAAGCCAGUAAGAUCACAACAGCCUUCCCUCGACCAAAUCUGGCAGUGGAGUCUCUGAGGGGUCAGACCAUGACUCAGUCCAAGUCUUCCCUGUGUAUAAAUGGCAGCCACGUCUACGACUCCGAGCCGUGCACUCCAAAGAGCUCAGGAGCCCACCAGUCCAAGCUGGUUCUGCUGGAGAAGUGCUCCCCGCUCUCCCGUUCCCUGCAGAACCUCACCAAGAGAAGCGACGACAAAGGUUCCUUUGGGGAUGGCCGACGCUGGUCCUUUGACAAGAUGAAGAAAGAGGAGGAAGAAAAAGAAGCUCAGGCAUCGUCUUCCCCACUUCAGCAAACUCAGACUGGGGGUCGCCCCGUGCAGGCAGACAUGCCGGCCACCUCCUCUGCUUCUGUUUCACCCGACAAAGGACGGAAGCUAAGAAAGACCUUAUUCUCUGGAGGGAGGAGUGAUUCUCUCCCAGCUAAGUCAGACCUGAACCAGAGUGGUUCGACAUCUGAGGGGAGGCUCAGAGGCUGGUUUGGCUCCAGUGAUUCCCAGAACAAGCCAAGGCUGGAAGUUUCUCCUAAGGUAGAAAGCAGCUCAGAUGUACCCCCUCCCCUCCCUCCUCGCUCCCCUGUACCCCCUCAGUGCUCCUCUCCCUCCACCUCCCUCUCCGGUCAUAUCUCACCUGAUGACUGCAAUCACACCAAUCCCUUCACCCCCUCUUCCUCCCCCUCCUCGACCCCUCUCUCCCCCUCCAACCCUUUCCCCUCACGUAUGCAGCGCAACCCCUUUUUUGAGGAUCUCAUAGCAGAAGAGUCACAGCGGUCACCUCCUUUUGCGCCUUGCUCCUCUUCUGGCUCAUCCCCCUUUCACUACACCACUCUGCCCUCCCAGCCCUGCACACCCAGCCCUGCUCACAAUGCUAAUGCUACAAAUAUGGCUUCCAUAAGGCGGGAGCGCCCCAGGCCAGUAGCUAGGCAGAUAUCACUCCCUGCUUUAUUACCCAGAGCUGCUACACCUAACCCCUCCGCCCCUCGCUCCAUGUCCGAGAGCACGGGAGAAUGGGACGACUCGUUUGAUGCCUUCGCCUCCAGCAGGCUCAACUCACCAAAAGGGAGUCUUCCUCAGAGACAGCUGAGAACCAGUCCAACUUCAUCUUACCCUCCACUUAAUAACCACUCUAAUCAACACGCACACGAGCUGCAAACAUGUGAAGAGGAGCCUCCACCUUUGCCUCCGAGGAGACUUUUAAGAACUUCAGUGAAUGAGAUUUAUUCAGACGGCUGGCUGCACAGAGGUCAAGAGCUGGCUGUCCAUAAAGAAGCCUACCUGCUCUCACAGACCGGCGUGGCCUCGCUGCAACGUGGACGAGAGGGAGAAGGCAAAAGAAACAGUAUAUCUCCGGACCCUCACACCAGCAGCGAGACCUCCGACUCCCUCAGCGUCAACUCUCAUUCAUACACAAAUAUAACAUCACCAGGACUCAUGUCUGAAGAAAAGCUCAAAAAGUUUAAAUAUGAACCUUUGGAAGAUGACACUGACCGCUGGGGAGGGAUGCUGUUCGAGCAAGACUUGUAUGGACGCGUAAGAGGAAACUACGGACAACCCCAAAUAAAUCGUUUAUCGUUGAACGCUGAAGAAACAGCUGGAAAUAAGAUCACAUCUGUGAACUCAGGACCUAAAGCCCUUCUUGAUAGUGAGAUGUCUGUUGCAGACCUUCUGAACAUGUCAUCCAUUAGUCCCUCGAUGCCAGAUGCAAAGGCACUAGAUAUUACAACCAGUCCAGUCGAGGAGACGGAGUGUAAUUCACCGGAAGACACAUGUAUCAACAAUAAUGUGUCUUUCUCACUAUGCUUAGGGGACCUGAACAUGAAUAAUUCAGAUUUUGGUUUCAUUGAUUCAGAUGGCUCUUCUCAGUCGGAGGUAGCUGAUACUCUCAAAGCGAUCAAGACUUAUCCACCACCACCAGAAGCCUCACAGAUAGCUGCUUACCACGUGGAGACAGUGACCACACCUGAGGACAUGUUCACCUUGAAGGACACCUACAUACCUGAGCUGAACUCUUCCAUUGAAAUAAUCGCAUCGUCUAACAAACUGUACAAAGUCUCUCCAGUUUGCCAGGACAACUGCCAAGAUCCAAGAUGCACGCUGAAUAAUGUGGCACCACAUGGUGACUCCAGGGUGAACGGCAGAGAGAUCGCUUCUUUGUCGUCACAAAAUCAAACAUCUAAUGUAGCAGAAUUUGGAACAGAAGUUUUAUCAAGAAGCAUGGAUGAUUUUAAAAAGACACAAAAGGACUUUGAUGAUAAUGGGAACCCGCAAGCUGAAACAGGCGCACCUAACAUGAAGGAGCCGUUUCCUGCUGUGGUUAGUGCGCGUUUCAGACCAAAGGGAGUGUCCCGACAGAACAGCAGCGGCAGCCCGAGCAACCAGAGCAAAAGUGGAGACAGAGAGUUCGAACAGUUCUUGUCCCUCGUUCAAAAUAUAUCAGAAGUCAGCGAGGGACCGUUGUCGUAUCAGCCCUCUAAAUCAGCUCUGUCUUCCUUACUGGCAUUAGCAGAUAGUAGCACCACACAUCAAAAUGAGUCUAAUACAACAUCACACAUAUCUCCAAAAGACAACACUACAUCUCUGUGUGCAGAGGAUGCAACAGAAAAACCCUCUGAUAUCAGUUUUGAAGAUCUCCACGCUAAAGUAGCACCAAACUCGAGAACCCCUUUAAAGUCAAAGAUUGGGCAAUCUUUGCAAGAACCCUCCUCUCCCUCCAUUCUUUGUGCACACUCCCUGUCCGCAGAAGCACCGGCUACGCUCCACCCUACCCCUGUCUGUUGCCCCUCCAUACAACCCUCAAGCAUGGGGCCCAGUGCUGGAGCCAGCAGUACUCUGGCUGUGGCCCCCUACACCACCUCCUCCUCCACUGACCAGCCCCUGGUCGAUGCACGGCACUCACUUUUCCCUGAGGAGACACAGCCAGCUAGCAACCUGCCCCGUCAGGAGAGCAGACCUCAUCCAGUGAAGCCGUUGACCGCCAGCCAACCAGAGAAGAAGGAGAGUCGUUCGGUUCUGGAGAAGCUGAAGUCCACCAUCCACCCUGGACGCACCGCCCACCAGGUUACAGCUGAACCUGAGAAGACUCAGGAGGUGACCGUGGAUAACUCAGCGCAGUACCAGCACCUGACCAACAUGGAGCUGAUCUCCCUGCUGCUGCAGCAGGAGAUGGACAUGCAGAAGCAGCAGGUGGCCUCCGAGCAGCAGGCGGCGCAGCUGCACAAAUGCGAGACCGAGCUGAAGAAGGUGAAGUUACAGGUUCGAGACCUGGAGGACUACAUUGAUAAUCUUUUACUGCGGAUCAUGGAGCAGACGCCCACGCUGCUUCAAGUGCGAAGCAGACACAAGUGACGACAGUGCUGGUGUUCGUGUUUGUACUGCACAUGACGUAAGAUCCUCUAGAAUACUGUUUCCUCAGAGUGGCUACAGAACACAGGGUUAUUAUCAAAGAUUGGGAAACGUUGUUCUAGAGACAGUCAAACAAAUGCUCCACGAAAUCUGAUCUCACAAUCAUCCAGGUCUUCUCACUGCUAAUACUGCCUUGUUGAUGUAGACACGAUAAUAUCCAACAUGCAUGCUGGUUGCUAUCUCAGUUUGGCACAAGCAGAAAACAGAGUCAAUUGCUAUGAGAGGAAAAAACUUCUAUCAAAGCUAAACAAUUAUUUCACUCAUGCUUUGUAGAAUAAUUUAAGGUAGUCAGCUGCUGUCGACUUAAACUUAAACUCACUGCUUUCUCACGUGCAAAAAAUAAAACACAGGCUGGAGGAAACACUUUCUGGAUGUGCAUUUAAGGUGCUCUUCAGGGGUUAAAGUAGUUCCUCCAGCAAAAUAUGGUGUUAGCUCAAGUAACCUUAAAAUUGCAGCCGUCGAAGUGCAGAAACGACAUUUUGACACAAUUUUCAUCUCGGACUGUUUUGUGAAAUGCCAAGUGCACAAAGGUUAACUUGAGGUAAUUGCAUAUUUUCAAACUGAAUUCAAGAAAUGCUACAAAAAAAGCGACACGUCAUAAAAGCUGCGCUGCAAUGUGAAUACUAUAAAGAGGUGUUUCUGCAUUAACAUCGCUGUAUGAUAAGCAAAUAAACAAUACUCAUGUUUGACUAAAGACGAUGAAGACUUAUUAUUUGCAUUUCUUUUUGUUGAAAUUGAAUUAUUUGACUGUAAAUCUAACAAAGCAUCGAUGCAGCAGAUAAGAGUGUAAUAAGUUAUUUCUAUAAAACACCUUUGCCAUGAUAGUAUAUCCUCUAAUGUCACUCUAGUACCACUGUAGCUACUUGCAAUGCUUUACAUGACCGCAGUACUGUACUGUAAUAAA